GUAACACUUCGCCGUGAUUCUGGUCUAGGUAAAGAUAUACCUCUGCCAUCUACAAUGUCCCCGACAGCCCCAACGCUCGUGCAAUGGGUGGCUCCGUCCCCGGCCGUCGCAUACUGGGCGGCAUCGGCAUUCUACAACGCCAUCGACGCCCUUGGUCUGUUUGCCCAGCACCGCAUCCGGCCGAGCGACGAAGAAUGCAAGAAGAACCUCGCAACCAGGGCCGCUGUCUUUCGCCACAUGGUCAUCUACCACGCCGUAGCGACCUCAUUCCUCCUGGUGGCGGGCGAGAUGUUCCCUCCGCCCGUCGAGAAGCAGGGUGGCGCAGGGACGCUGGAGUGGUUCUACUUCGUCCUCGAGAAAUUGUUUGGCUGGCAGGCCGAGUCGAGCAUGGCCUACUGCUGCUCAUGGGCACUGAGGGCGGCAUACCUCGUUGCUCGGCAGUUUCUGGCGCUGGUGAUCCUGGACACUUGGGUGUUUUGGUGUCACUACUUCGAGCACCAGGUUCCCUGGCUCUACCGCAACAUCCACUCGGUGCACCUUCAGCUAUACACGCCGUUCCCAUUUGGCGCUCUUUACAACCACUGGGCCGAGAGCAUCUUUGUUGACGGCAUGGGGGCCAUGGUCGCCUCGGUGGUCAUCCGUCUGACAGGCGCCGAGCAAAUCGCCUUCUUCUCGCUCGUGACCAUCAAGACGGUCGAGGACCACGCCCCCUACGAGCUCCCGUGGAGCCCGUUUGUCAUGUUUGCCAGGUGGACGGGCGCCGGGGUUGUGUACCACAACGUACACCACCAGAGCUGGGGCUUGAAGACCAACUUUGAAAUUUACUUUACUUGGUGGGACCGAUGGAUGAACAGUACCUACAGGGGGACCCGGACGUUGCAGGACAGACAAGGUCCGGUCGUUUGAGGCGGCUCCCGCUAGCUCUGCCGCUUCUCACCAGAAGAACGGGGUUGUGAAGAAUGGCCAUACCCGUCACUUCAAGGCGGAGUUGGCGCCAGCACGGGAAUAGGGGAACCCGUGAUCGGUGACCGGGAUGGGUAAGCGGCAACUUUUGGCAUGGAUCCUGAUAUAUCAUUCCCGUGAGGUUGUGGUGACUGGAGAGGGAGAUAACGAUGCAGAUUCGAUGAUAAUAGGCAAGUGCCCAAAGCGGAGGAUGGCUGCAGAGGCUCAAGAACUGCCUACUGUACCUUAGUCUUGCAUAGAGGCAGCUGCCAACAGGU